UAGUUGUGGGCUAGGAAUUGCCCUGGUUGAAAUCCUGCAAAAUUGCAUGACCUCAUUAAUGAGGCAAAGAAAAAGGUGCACGGGUGGUUGGCUCUCUCCCUAUAAAUGCCCACGCAAAGCUAAAGGUAGCAAGCAAGAGAAAUUGAGAAGAGCUAAGUGAAUAAGUGCCCUUGUGGGAGAAAAGAAAGAGAAAAAUUGUGAGAUAAAGCCUUGUGAACAUUGAGAGAAAGUAUUAGGAACAAUUUAGAAGUUUUUAUAUAUUGAUAUUAGGGUAUUGAGACCUUUUUAAAUAAAAGUGUUUAGUUCUAAAUUAUUACUAAUUUUUUAGUAGUGGAUUUAUUUUUCUUUCCUACAAACUUAGAAUUGUUGAAAGGACCUUAUGAAGUGCAAUACCUCUGAUAAAAACGAUUGGAAUACCCACCUCUAUAUUCAGGUAUAAGAUAUAUACAGAAGGAUGGGCAUGGUCCGUGAGUGAAAAAUACAUUCUAGCAUGUGACUCCAUGACCUUAUACAUAAAAUCUAGGUACCAUGAUUUCUUCAUAAGAGGGAUGCAGCCAUUGCAGCACUAUUGGCCCAUAAGAGACAAUUCCAAGUGCACUUCUCUUAAGUUUGCCGUUGAAUGGGGCAACACUCAUCCGGAGAAAGCAGAGGCCAUCGGAAAGGCUGCUGCCAACUUCAUUCAUGAGGAUAUGAAGAUGGAUUAUAUCUACGAUUACAUGUUCCAUUUACUAAACGAGUACGCAAAACUCCUCAGAUUCAAACCAAAGGUUCCCCGUGGAGCCACGAUGCUUUGUGCUGAAAUAAUGGCAUGUCAUGAGAGUGGAAAUUGGAAGAAAUUCAAGGAGGAAUCCCUGGUGACUUCUCCCAGAGAUACAGUUCCAUGUGCCAUGCCUCCACCUUAUAAUGCAACAGAGCUCCGAGAAUUUCUUGAUACGAAAACUAACUCCGUGAGGCAAGUUGAGACGUGGGAAAAUGAAUAUUGGCAAAAUAUAAAUAAAAAGCAAUGAAAACUGAAGAACAACAGUAUAUCAUAAAACAAAACCUUGUAGCGUUUUUAUAAUCUUCUUCCUCGGACAACUUGAUUUAUUGAGGUUGAAAGCUUUUGCUUUAUUUUCAUGUAAUUCUUUAAGCAGCAUCGAAUUUGAAAAU